AUGGCGUCUUAUCAACCUUAUAACGAAUACUCUACGGUGACCGGUGGUGGAUUUGAGAGCACACAGAAGUCCAGUCGAGGUGAUUCUGCUGGUGAAUCGAGUUCGCAGUCGACUUUGACGCCUGUUACAAUCAAGCAAGUGCUUGAAUCGAAACAAAUGGUGCAGGAUGGACCAUUUGUAAUUCACAAUUUGGAACUACAUCACGUUUCCUUCGUAGGCGUGGUUCGUAAUGUAGUAGAUCACACCGCAAACAUUACACUGACAAUUGAAGAUGGAACUGGACAGAUUGAAGUCCGCAAAUGGAGUGACGAUACAACGGAUAUGGCAAAUGCUGGACAACAAAACGAUAACGAUAAGGGCCCCUAUAGUUCGCAAGUAGCACAAGCAUACCGCGUCGGAGGCUACGUCAAAGUUUAUGGAGCCCUAAGGGAAUUUGGAGGCAAAAAGAACGUUCAGUUCGCCGUGAUCAAGCAAGUUGAAAACUUUAAUGAAAUCAUUACACAUCAUCUAGAAGCGAUAAAAUGGCAUGCUAUCGCCAAUGGUAAGCUGAAUACACCGGCCUACCAACCGCUGGGCGGUCAAAAGAUGGAUGGACAGCAACAGAGUCUUUUUGUACAGGACGAUUCGGCCAACGAUGGCAAGUCUUCCCUCCAAAAAAUUCUUGAUUUUUGCAAAAUGCAAUGUGCAGGGAAAGACGCCAACGAUUUUGCAGUGCACUCCAAGUUCAUCUCGCAAUCGCUGAAUCUGGACGAAGAAGACGUGAGAGUAUGUUGUCAAACUCUUAUGGAUCAAGGUUUUAUAUACCCGACUUUCGACGAUCACAGUUUUUUCGUACUUUAA